AUGUCUGCAACCACAUCUGCCAUCGCCUCGGAGCGAGAGAACGAUCCCGAACAAAGAGACCCGGACAGGCCGACUGUCGAGAAUGAAGCCUCGCAAAAGUCUGCCGCCCAGACUGCGAAGCUCGCGCUGAUCAUGGUCGGGCUGUGUCUGGCCGUGUUUCUCACGGGCAUGGACCAAACAAUCCUCGCGACCGCUACCCCGACCAUCAGCGACGAGUUCAAGGCCCUGGACGACGUGGGCUGGUGGACGGCCAUCUACCUCUUCACGCUGAGCACCUUCCAGCUGUUCUACGGCAAGCUCUACAUGCUCUUCUCCAUCAAGAUCGUCUACCUGUGCGCCAUAGCCAUCUUCGAGCUGGGCUCGCUGAUCUGCGCAACGGCCCCCAAUGCCGUCGCUCUGACCUGUGGCCGUGCCAUUGCUGGCCUGGGUGCUGCCGGCAUCUUCUCCGGGGGCAUCAUGGUCACGACCAAGGUCAUCCCGCUGGACCACCGCGCCGCCUACCUGGGCAUUAUGUCUGGCGUGUUUGGCGUGGCCGCCAUCGUGGGCCCCUUUAUCGGCGGCGCCCUGACGGAGAAGUCGACCUGGCGCUGGUGCUUCGGCAUCAAUCUGCCCAUGGGGUUCGUGACGAUUGUCAUCUGCUCCUUUCUCGUUCGGACUCCGACCAACCCCCUGGUCAGAACGAUGGGGCUUAGAGAGAAGCUGCGGCAGUUUGAUCUCGUGGGGAUGGUCCUUCUCAUUGCUGCCUUGGUCUGUCUGCUGCUGGGCCUGCAGUGGGGAGGAUCAACCUAUCCGUGGAGCAAUGGCCGAGUCAUCGCGCUCCUGGUCGUGGCCGGCGUCCUGAUGAUCGGCUUCAUUCUCGUCCAGGUGCUUGGCAAGAGCUCCAAGACCAUCCCACCGACUCUGGCGAGGAGCCGCAGUAUAUGGCUGGCCAUAAGCUAUGCCAUGUGCAUGACGGGCGGUGUUUAUGUUGCCAUCCUCUACGUCCCGAUCUGGUUCCAGGCGAUCCAGCACCAGAAUCCUGACCAGCGUGAUAGGGUACUACAAUCCGGCCAUGAUCAUCGGCACGAUUCUAGCGGUAAUCGGCGCGGGACUCUUGACGACUCUCACCCCGCAGACGGCGAGAUCCGCGUGGAUCGGAUAUCAGUUGCUGUAUGGCCUCGGCGUGGGCUUUGGCUUCGGCCAGCCCAGCUACGUGGUGCAGACGCUCCUGCCAGAGAAGGAGAUCCCCAUUGGAGUGACACUUGUCACGCUGGUGCAGAACCUGAGCGCAACCAUCUUCGUGGCCGUGGGGCAGAGCAUCUUCCAAAACACGCUAGCGGACCGGCUGCAUGA